AUGGCUUACCGGGGAACAACAUUCGCCCUCAUCCUCCUCCUCCUGGUCCUUUUACCACACCGCACGGAUGCCCAGUCUCCCUUCGUGGCCAAUGUCAACACCACCGUUGUCGUCCACCCGCCGUUGGGAGGAGGCUGGGACCUUGGCCCCGCCGAUUCGUCGUGGCGUGUGAUUGAGGGAGACUCCAUCACAGCCAUCAACAGUACCACCCCAGCUUGGUUCCAGUACACGGCGCUCACCAAUGCAAUUGCGAUCAACGUCUCGUCAGAGACGGGAAACACAAACGUGUCCUGCUUGCAAUCAAUAUUCCGCCCUGGCACGACACUGGGUACCUUUGGGGAUGUCUGGUACAACACUACGCUCAAGAGCACAGCCGCCACAAUUAUUUCUGUCGGCAACAGUCAGGAUAUAGUCUUUACGUCCGGCUUCCUUGCCGCCUUCGAGGCACUGACUGAACAUGAGAGAAAAACUGAGUCUCAAGUCACGUUCUAUGUCGUGGACGCAGUGUACAUUCCCGACAACACGACUGGCCUGGUCGGAAACCCAUACAUCCUGUGGUCGGGCGACUGGGAGCCGGCCAUCGUUCCUGAACACGAUCCAGGCCAGUUGAAGCUCUUCGGGCCGACAUAUCGCAUAGCUCGCGGAAAUGGGUCUCUGUGGUUCCCAGUCCCCGACAACACCAGUGUGAUGCUGGUUUAUGGCACGUCUGGCUUUAGCGGAGGCAAUGGCAUCGUCACCUUCACUCCGACACCGCCUGCCGCCUCCACUGGCACGAGCACGUAUCGUGCACAGUGGAACAUGAACGACACCAACGAGGUGAUAUCCAACACACCACUUGACCCAAAAAUCCAGUACAACAUGACAAUCGAGCCGGCCACUGCUGGCUCGAACCUGGUGAUAUCCAGACUCUGGUUUGGCACCGGGCUCCUGUAA